AUGACGACUCCAGACUCCCUCAUCCCACUGACGUCCUCCCUGUCCUCGGGCGUGAUCCUCUCCGUAAAGGUAUGGAUCCCCGAGGACAAGAUGACCGAGUUCUUCGAAUUGUUCGAACCGGCGUACCGCGCGGUGGUGGCGGAGCCGGAAUGCCGGUUCUUCGUCGUCUCGAGACACCCCCAGGACCCGACGUGUCUGAGCUGGGUCGAGGGCUGGUCCAAGGACGUCCAGUGGCUGCAGGAGGUCCAGUUGAACAAGCCCUACUACCAGCCGUACCUCAGCACCACGGAGCCGUGGUUUCUCAGGGACCGUGUCGUUGAACUCACCGUCGUGAAGGACGGCUUGGCGCACUUCAAGACGCCGGCGGUGAGUUGA